AUGCCCCCCAAAAACCCCGUCUAUGAGUGUGUUAACCAUGGCAGAAUUAAUUCCCUUGUCUGCAAUCGCUUUAACAAUUGCCUGCACAUCUUUCGGAUUGACGGGAACACUAGCUUAGCUGAAGGGUUGUACUCGGCGCAGGCUAUCUUUAUUUUUCGCCAGUCUGUAAGCGGGGUCCGGUCUUUCUCUGAUGAUCCCUUCACCCAUGCGGGAGCGCUGCGACUAGAGACCUUAUAUGCUGUUGCUCUCCCUCUGUUAAGGCUAGUAUCCGAAUCGGAGCUCCCCAACUCCCUCUCGGACUCGUCCCGGCUCGGCCCAUACGGCGGCGGAGAGAUCGUAUCGAUCCGGGUGGUUUCUGACCGUCCCGCUGCCUCCCGCGCCUCCUCCGCCAGCCCCCCCCAAAAACACUGCGCCCGUUGCUCUGCCUCCUGCGUCGGGGAGCUGAAGGAGAAGGGACUCUUCACCAUCCAACACCUGGCUGGGUCCCAUUCAGAGGUCCUGCUUUGUCGACUUCGUGAGGUUUGCUUGGCAGUUACCAGCGAGGUCACCAACCUCCGGUCCAAGGUGUCCUACUCUGCCAUUGUCACUCUGGGAGAGCUCUUUGUGACCUUGAAGAAGGAUAUGGACUCUGAGGUGAAUGAGGUUGCUCGGGUCCUUCUCCAGAUGGUGUCCAGCUCCCCAGAGUUUGUUCAGAAAGCAGCCAGUCAGGCCCUGGGGAUCAUGGUGGAGCAUGUGACUCCUGCACGAGCAAUGACUGCUCUCAUGGACAUGGGAGUCAACAGCCGCCACGCCCCGGUGCGCGAGUGUGCGGCCCAACUCCUCCUGUCCCUGAUGAAGAGAAUUGGAGUCACCCAGCUCGCAGGCACACCCAGGGCUGAGAGGCUGCCACAAGUGGCAGGGAAGCUUGCUCAGGACUGUCACAAGGACACAAGCUCUGUACCUCACUGUGCAGUGUCAAGUGAGGGGAUGGAAAACCAGAAGGCUGAAGGCCCAUCUUUCAAGGAGCCGGUGAAGGAGAGGAACAAUGGCUCAAAGGAGCCCCAGGCCACAUUGUCUUCUAGCAAACGGGUGAAAUCUCCCUCUGAUGGACACCUCCUACACCGUGCACAAGCCCAGGUCACAUCACCUACGGCUGUGGUAGAAACGGAGCUGCUCCAGAAGCUUUACAAUCUCCUGGAAGCCAAGGGGUUUCAGAAAAGGAUGGAAGGAGUGGAACUCCUCCGAGACCUGUGCAAAACCAGCCCCCAGCUCAUCUCCACUAACAUUGCCCAAAUUUUUGAUUAUUUUGUCCUGAGAAUAUCUGACAGCCACAAGAAAGUGAAGCAGAGGGCGCUGGACGUGCUGGCUGAAAUCACAGGAGCCCUGAAAGAUGCCUUGAACCCGGUGAUCAUUGGUUUAGUGGAAGGAAUAACAAAGAACCUGAAUUCAAAGGAUCCCAGGGUUCGUGGGGCAGCUGUGAAAGCACUGGAAGAAUCCAUUGCUAAUUUGGAUAAAGUGUCACUGCUGAAAGAGUUCAGCUACCAAUGGAAUCACCUGAGUGGCCAAGCUCUGCUGGAUGUCACCGAGUGUAUCACAGUGCUUGUGCAGUGGGUUCAUGCCAGGAGCCCUGAAGUCGUCCAGCGUGAUGCCCUGCCUGUGCUCUGGGCCUUCCUGGGGAACAAGGCGCUGCCUGUGCGGAGCGCCAACGUCUGCACCGUGGCCACCAAGCUCGCCUCUGCCCUCUACAAGGUGAUGGGCACCCAGCUGAAGAAAUGUGCUGCCAGCAAGCCUCCACAUUUACGGGAAAACCUCUCCAAAAUGAUGGGCUGUCAUGGCAUGGGGGCCCUGAAGCAACUCCAGAUAGAGGACAAGGUGAAGGCAAUCAUGGCUCAGCCUCACACAGAGAUCUGA